UAGAUACAAGACAAAUGAAUAUCCCCUCAUAUAAAACAUAUUACCAUUCCUAAUAGUUUUAAUUGUCGCUACAUACUCCAAUUUAGUAGAAUUAAUAUACAAUUAAACCCGAGCUAAUGGUACUGCUGGUUACAAAAAUCCACAAAGUACCCCCAUUACCGGACCUAGUUUAUAAAAGAGAGUAGAAGUGUGCGAAGAACUCCAAGUUACUAUCACUCUCUUCGACCAUUCCAACGGUUCUAGUAGUGGUUCUACGAAGAAGUGGCGCGUUAUCCGUGAUCUACACUAUCGUACCGAGGAGUACCAGUUUUUUUAGCGAGAAAGGAUUGCUAGGUGGAGGAGAAGAUGCGGAUUUUCAUUGCGUUGAUAUCUCUCCUGAUAUGCGGAGACAUAUUCAUCAGUCAAACUGAAGCAAGAAGAGUGCGUAUACAACAGCCCGAAGAAGAAGAAGAACAAGAAACUGUCAGCUACUACGCGGCCGAACCUCAAGAAGAAAGGGGACAAGUGGUGUUGGUAUCUUCAGCAGAUCGAUACAAUGGUCUCUAUGGUCAGCAAGCUGCUUCUUCCAGAAGCAUCGACAACAACUAUAUUCCAAGAGGAUCCGCACGUGCGAACGAAGGCAGAACGAAAGAAGUUAAAGCGCCACCUGUGCAAACUAUCAGGAACUACAAUAAGGUCAACGAUGACGGAUCUUUCACUUUUGGAUAUGAAGCUGCUGAUGGCAGUUUCAAAGAGGAAACUAGAGGCACUGACUGUGUGGUAAGAGGAAAAUAUGGCUAUGUAGACCCUGAUGGCAACAAAAGAGAAUUCACUUAUGUCUCAGGAAACCCAUGCGACCCUAAUGCCCCCAAAGAAGAAGAGGAAACUGAAAACGAAGCAGAUAACGAAAACAUUCCUGCUAAUUAUCCCUCACGACCCAUACAACCGCAAUAUCGUAGACCUGUAGUAACAGCUGCACCCAAGCCUGCUGUGACUCUCUUCCAGACCAACUAUGCUCAAGAAGAAGAAGAACCAGAGCCUGAGCAGCUAUUAAGAGUGACACCCCAACCACAGCCUGUGCGUCGUCCAACCUACAUUUCACGCCCACAAUACGUACCACAGACAACACCCACAGUAGAAGAACGUCCAACUUACCGUCAACAAGUACAUUCCAGCACAACGCCAUCUUCUGUGAUCUACAGAACCAGCGCUCAUCCUGUUAGCAUCACUCCUAGACCAAUAACUACUACCACAAGACGACCACAACCUCCAGCAACCACUUAUAGACCACAACUGGUUCAAGUUAGUGUGACACCAAGACCCAAUCCCCUUUUGUAUUCUAAACAGUUACAAUCCACUUUGCAGCCCUUGCCCGACAAGAACGACUUUGAAUCGGAAUUCCACAGGUUCCAACAGGAAAAUAAUAUAGUGUCUCCUACGCCAACACCUUUUACUGUAAAACCGACUACACCUAAGCCUAAACCUGCAGGAAAUCCAGGUCAGGUUUACUCUACAGCUUUAGUUUAUGAUCCUUCCACUGGACAGUACAACAAUCAGAUUUACCAAGCACUACCACAAUCUGAUGGAGACUUCCUGUUGAAGCAAAGAAUACAACCAUACGUUCAAAGACCUCGUCCUCAAGUGUUGAACAUUCAACAACUUCAGCAACAAAGUCCACUUUAUUCUCAAAAUCUAAGGCCACAGCCUAUACCACAGUCUGCCUAUCAAGCGCAACAGUCUGAGCUCCAAUUCCAGAACUCUGCUCAACUUUACGCGCAGCAACAACAUGCCAGGGAGCAGCAGAGAGAGCAGCAAAGACACCAACAACAAGCGAGACCUCAACAGCAACAGGUGUACUACCUUCAGCCUUCCGUGGACCAACAGGGUGGAUUGGCAGCCAGCCAGAUCGACGCGUUUCUUAGAGGGCACAAUAUUCAGUUCUAGAAAAGUAACCAAAUCGCAGCUGUGAAUAAAAUAGGGUGAUCGAGAUAUUGCCAGAGAGAAAGCCGAACGAAUGGACUACAGAAUUUUUACUUACCCACUAUAGCAAACCAUAAUAAAAUUAAUACAAUUCCGAAAUACGUUCCCUGAUAAUAUAACUAAUAUAAUUAAAAAUUUAUAUAUUAAUUUCAUUAUUUGCAGUAUAAAAGUAGCUCUAAACAUUUGUUGUAUACUAUAUAAUAAUCCUGGUACUCUUAGUAAUCCCAGUAAAUUUAAAGAAACAAUUAGUCUCGAUUACUUUAUUAAUAACGAGAAGUCAAAUAUCACACAAGUUGGAAUCGUCACAAAUCGAUUAUUUUAAGCCAUUAAAAUAGUAUUUAUUAGAUUUUGUUCUACUUUUAGUUAUAUUUUUCCAUUAUUUUUAUUUUUCCCGCAUGUUUGUUAUGCCUUUUUACUGUUUUAACUACAUGUUGAGUAUUUGUCGAUAUGGUUGAAAUGACGAAUUUGACAAAGAAGAAGCCGAAAUUAUGAUACAACUAAAGUAGCUUCUUUUGUAAAUUGUCAGGUGACUAUGACAAUAUGACGUUUGACAUAUCACAUGACAAAUUGACGUUGACCUGUUGAUAUCGACGGUUGAUUUUGACAUGUGAAAUGACGUUUAUAUCGAUUUUGCAAAAUAUACAUUUUUGUAACAGCAUAAAACGGUUCUUCUUGUCAAAUAUGUGAUUUUAAUAGCUUUUGUGUUUUUUUGACAGACUUUAUGUAGAUAGUGAAUAUCCUAAGUUACCCUUACGAUGUAGUGGCUUAUUUGUAAUUUAUUUAUAAGUUUUUUUUAGUUUAUCAAGGUGUAUAUAUGAACAUGUACGCAUAUACUGUCAUUUUUUGUUAAAAUAAAAUGUAUUUAUAUUU